AUGGAAUAUUUCUAUUUCACUGUGACGCGCAAAUCCACAAAAGAGGUCCUGUUUGACACUUCUAUAGGAGGCUUAAUCUUUUCUGAUCAGUUUAUACAAAUUGCCACAAGGCUACCCUCAGAUGCAAUGUACGGAUGGGGAGAGAAUAGUCACCCUACGCUGAAGCAUAACUUUAAUCGUUACACAAGUUGGGCUAUGUUCGCAAGAGAUGAAUGGCCUUAUUCGGAGGAGACCACCACUAAAAAUCUUUACGGUAUGCAUCCAUUUUACAUGUUGUUAGAGCCAGAUGGAAAAGCUCACGGCGUAUUUAUAUUGAAUAGUAAUGCACAGGUAAUUUUGCUUCUGCUUCCUAAGCAAAGCAAAAACCAUGCAUUGUUUUUUUUAGUUGAUAAUUCGGAUGUUCGCUUUUCUCUGAAUUAG